AUGGCUUCGCGAGAUUCGCCGCCGGCGCCGGCGCUUCCGGAGCCGGUUACUCUGCCUAAUGACGAGCACCGCAUUGAACCGCUGGUGGAAAAUUUUUCCACUGUCAAGGAAAUCAUCGAAUACAUCGUCAAAACCCGUCAAGAUCUCUGGGCCGCCGGCCAUUUCAAUCACGGCGGUGAGCUUCUUGUCAGGUUCCACUGGCAGGCAAGCAAAGCCGGCGAGGUAGAUAAGUUUUUCAACAGUCUCAAUGCCGCGCUGCUAGAUCGCGACCAUCCGAAAAUCAGCCGCUUCGAGUACGACUACGAAUCCGAGACGGUUUAUCUCGACAUCAUGCCCGAAUCUAGGUUACAUUCCGGGAUUCAAUACCGUCUUAACUGUCACAUCUGGGACCAGAUUCGCAAUCAGAUCGCUACAGAACGUAAUAUAAGUAUUCGACACUUUUUGAAGUCGAUCCGAGGCUUCGGUACAGCGACUAUCUCGGACGAGGAAAAGAUCUAUUCAGAGCCAGACUUUUCAUUUGGUCAGGCGAAAUCGCUACUACCAUCCCUAAUUGCGGCUCUGAUGAUUGAUAUUGAAUAUCCCGACGAGAAGAAGGCAUGGGUCAAUCUCCUGGUCACAGGCAAUCUCACAGGCUCUUGGGCCCUGUUUCACGACGAUGAUGUCGAUCAGCAACCCGCCGGCCAAGUCGCCCUCUAUCUCUCUGACUUUGUCGGUCUGGUCCCUGAUUUACCGGUCGGCUUUUGCCGCCCUUCGGCCACUGAGGUAGCUGCCGGGAUCACAAGGACCCCUCUAUUCGUUCUAACAUUUGAGCGACUGAGGUUCAUCUUCCGUGACGCUCGCUCUAUGCACCGCCCUGAUGUAUUUACAAUGGAGGAUGGCGACAUGGACGAAAACCCCUACGAGGAGCUCAAGGUGAGACAUAGGGAGGGACUCAAGGAGGGAUUCAAAAUGGGCCAUGAGAAAGGGCGCGAGGAAGGGCGCGAGGAGGAGCGUGUCAAGAACCAGCGGCGUUUUGCCGAGAUGGAGCGGUAUAUCGCUCAGUUGGAACGGGAACGGCAUGUGCCCCGAGCCUAG